AAGUGGUUGGAUCGAUUGGCAACGCCUGUACACGACUGGACAGGAAACUUUAAACUGCAGGUUUGUAUUCACUCGGACAUGGCUUCGCUGUCAUUCGUGUGUGAGACUUAUUAUUCACAAAUGUAAUCAACUGAUAGCAUUUCACUGGAUUCCAUAGAGGAUGACUACCAGCGGAACCGCGAUACCUGGUCUGGCGUUCUACGACGCACUCGUGAACAAUUCUUUGGUCGAGUUAAAACGAUGUGUUGAGCUCCACAAAAUCGAUUUGAAUGCGCGAUUAAGCCACGUACGGAAACGAAACCACACCGAUUUGUGUCCUGUACAUUUGGUCGCCUACAAGGGAUACUUUGCCAUGUUGCACUAUCUCAUUCAAAACGGAAUCAAUGUACACCAGCCGACCUUGACCCUUCAACGUCGAGCGGUGCACUUUGCUGCGUUGCGUCAUCAAGUCUCAUGUUUGCAGAUGUUGUUGAAUGCCGGUGCUCAACUGGACGCUCGGGAUACAUUUGGUAACACGCCACUGCAUUACGCCGCGGAAGAUGGUGACGGAGCUCUACUCAGCCUACUACUCAACAAUGGAGCAAGUGUGGAUUCACAGGAUAUAACAAACAAAACGCCGUUAAUGAAGGCCGCACGAAGUGGAAAACUCUGGGCCGUGCGACGAUUGAUUGCUUUUGGGGCGAAUGUCAAUGUAAAGGAUCGUAACGACGAGACCGCUUUGCAUUUUGCCUGCAGGCAAGGUUCCACGGAAAUCACAAGCAUGCUGAUCAAGCUUAAUGAUUUUUCUUUGUUCCUCAAGGCCGGAGCUCGUUUGAAUGCCCAAAAUCAAAUAGGUCUCACGCCACUUAUGGAAGCGGUAUCCUACAAUCAAAGGGAAGCAGUCAGUCUAAUGGUCAAACAGCGUGGUGUUGACCUCUACAAGCGCGACUUUUGCACUGGCGAUACGGCAUUGCAUAUCGCGGUAAAGAAGAAUUACAUACAUAUGGUGGAAAUUUUAUUACAAGCAGGAAACUGGUAUAUUGAAUACAACUAUAACAACCUCGGUGAAUCCUUUGUACACGAUGUGAUUGCUUACAACCGACUGGACUUACUGCGACUAUUUCUUGCCUACAACUAUGAUUUUGAUCGUCCCGCUAAAAGACUUCCCGCCUCCAUUCUUGGAGCCGUUGUGCCGGAAGCUUCCAGCAGCAGCAACACCACCGUUGGAGCAGGGGGAUCGUUUUCCAAUACAUGUGAAAAGUCACCGUUUCAACUGGCCCUGGAACGCGGACAUCUUGAUUUGGCGCGGAUUCUUGCCGAUGUUGGAUGCUAUCGCAUCAAACUGCCGAUAACAUCCGGUCCUUUUACCCUUCCCUUAUCCCUUUACACCACAUCCGCUUUGCAGAGUAACAACUCCACAACUUCCUGGCCAAACGUUGCCAGUCUUAGUAACAGUAGUUCAUUGGCCCGUCGCUACUCCGGUCUGCUUGAAGUCAAAUCCCUGAAAAAAUGGUGUCGACGCGCAAUCAGACAACUUUUAGGAUUUCGACUCACCGAAGCACUACCCCAGCUCCCACUACCCAUUGCCCUGAAAGAUUUCCUCUUACUACGAGAUAUCGAUUGGUACGUCUGCUGGAGUACGGCAAUGGCUCACCGUGGUUCCUCCAACACGUCCGAACUGGCAAUCAUUGUACCCCCACGAUAUACUACUCACUCACCUACUCAGAGGUCAAAUUCGACACGUACCUAAAAACCUGUCGAAGACCGACAGUCUCGAGCCACAACUACCUCGAACCCUGUCAAAACCUGUGUGUACACGCAUGCCAAAUUGGGCAACUGCUUAUCAGUUUAAUAUUAU